CUACUACCGGAAACCAAUAUUUUUCUGCUGCCGCUGUGUCUUCUUUUUGCAAAGUUGUUUCGAAGCAAACAGAGGCGCAGUCAGAGGCGCUGCAAAGCAGCAUCGGCGGCGGAGCUGGUUUCUUUGCAACUUCCGAACGAACCCUGGACUUUUCUUUUUCUCUUCGCCAGCCUGGAAAGUUGUUGAACCUCCAUCUCCCCUUUCCCUCCCCAGCGCCCGAACCCGGCAUGUUUGAUCCGCCGGCUGCUGCUGCUGCUUGCAAGCUCCGGGACUCCGGCAGAGCCCGGGCGAAGGAUGGAAGAACAGCCCCGAGGCUCCUAAGAAGGCAUUAAAAAGCGAUCUCCGAGCGAAGAAGCGCGCCCGGCGUGUUUGGAGAGGAAUCCAGAUAAUAAUAAGAAUUAUUAUUAUUAUUUUUGCAAGGGGUGGGAGACGCAUCGCCCUCCUCUUUCCUCUCUCUCCCUCCCCCCCCCAUCUCCACCAUGGAAGAUGUGAGUAAUGUUUCAAGUGCAAUGGGUUGGCAAAGGAAGGCAGCUUAAAAAGGCUUUGCAUACUUGGGAGGGAGAAGGAAUGGGCGAGAUGUGGCGAGUUACAAGAUAGAGGAGCGAGGAAUGCGCCCCUUUUCUGUUCGUUCAAGAAGUUAAGUUUCUAGUCCUCUGGGUCCAACUGCUUGCUUUCCUCUGCUCUUGGCUGGGCGUGUGUUUGAUCCUGUGAUGAUUAUUUAGAUUUCUUAUCAGCCCUUCGCUGUGGGGUCCCGGGCGGUUUACAACCAUGUGAAAACACAAUAUUAAAAUCAGUUAAAACAAAUUGCGGUCAAGAGAAUAGGAUGGAUCCUAGAUCGAUAGAUUGUCAGAAACUAGGGUACAGAGCAUGCAACAGAAACUACCUUCUUAAACAUUCUUACCCAGAUCUUGUUUUGAAAGCUGACUGAACUUGUUAAGUUUAACAUCCGAAGAGGAGUAUGUCAGUUUCAAAAGCUUUUUUGGGGGGGAGGUUAGGAAAAGCUGGUGGGGGGCAAAUAUACUGUAGUAGAGGAUAGAGGUAAUUGGGGACGACGACUGGACGCUCCCCCCUUCCCCCUGCUUCCUGCUGAAAUUAAACAGAGGGAGCUCUCAAAAGGGCCUGGAUGAAAGUCUUUUUAAAAGUUUGUUUUCCUAUUGGCAUGGAAUGGUCUUUGGCCUGGGAAAAGGAGAGGGAGGAAAACAUAGCUUGUUUUGUUGAUGGAUGUCCGAGGCUGCUGGAAAAGGAGCACGUGCUUCAGAGGUCUCUCUGGAGUUGCUUUGCCCUGCUAUGAGAAAACUCAGGCGGUGGAGAAAGUUGCCAAGCUUCCUGCUCUAACCUUGCUCCUGUGCCUUUUGUAGCAGCUUAGCACACUCCAGUCUUAGGCAUCAAGUGUCGGUGGGACAGCUUUGCUGGCUUAAUUCCUGGGCACCAAGUUGCUGUUGAAAACAGUGGAGCAGGGCCAAUUUAAAAAAUAAAACAAAAGCUGGCAAUGCUUAGGCAGCAGUUGCUGAUAAAUUGAACUGGGUGAACCUCGCUGUAGGAAAUGAUGCUUGGAGUGUGCUUUUGGCUCAAGACAGCUGGGGGUGUUUCUUGGUUGCCAUGGCUCACAAGAAGCAGGGAAUUGUCAUAGCCCAGGGUAGAAGGGGCCAGACUCAGGCAUCCUCAAUCUCUCCAGAUCGUAGUGACCCAUUGUGCAACUCUGACAUGCAGUCUGAUGAAGCAACCUGAGAGAAAUGCCUUUAAGGACUGUUGCUCCCUGGUAGAAUGUCUGCUUUGCAUGUUGAAGUUCCAAGGUUCGAUCCUGGUAGGAUUAGGAAUGCCCCUGAACUGAAACCCUGGAGAGCUGCUGCCAGUCAGUGUGGACAGUACUGAGCUAGAUGGACCAGUGGUCUGAUUCAGUAUAAGGGAGCUUCCUAUUUUCCAGUUGGUUGGGAUGGAGAGGCCUGUAUCUCACUGACAGAGCAUCUGUUUUGCAUGUAAUAGGUCCCAAUUUCGAUCCCCAGUGUCUCUAGGUAGGGCCGGGAAAGUCCAGAGAGCUGCUGCCAGUUAGUGCAAACAGUAUGCAGCUAGGUGGGCCAGUGGUCUGACUCAGUAUGAGGCAGCUUCCUAUGUCUCAUGGACACAUCUUAGCAAUCCCUCCCUGGACCCAGCAGCAUCCUUGACAAUGACCCAUAGCUAUUGAUAGUUUGUGGGCAAAUAACUCGAUAAAUUAAUACUCAAAAACCUAGGAGCAUAGGAAGCUGCCAAGUCGCAUCAUUAGUUUACCUGGCUCAAUAUUGUCUACAACUGGGAAAGCAAACAUUGUGUCUUCCAGAUGUGGGACUACAACUCCCAUCAGCCCCAGCCAGCAAGUCAGGGAUGAUGGGAGUUGCAGUGUAACAGCAUAUUAGUGGGUCCCCCUGGUUUACAUUGACUGGCAGUAGCUCUCCAGGGUUUCAGACAGUAAAUCUUUUCCAGACCUUCUUGGAGAUGCCGGGGAUUAAAUCUGGGACCUUCUGCAUGCAAAGCGUGCGCACUGCCAGUGAACUAUUGCCCUUCCUACAUUUUGUACUUGGAAGCAAUUCAGUACAGACCACUGGGCUAUUUAAACUCUUGACAUAAUUAAUUCAAAGGGUCACAAGAAGGCAACUGAACCCAUUAUAUUUACUACAUUCUGCCUCUCCUGUGCUGAUGUUGCUGCAAUAGGAUAUAGGUGGUAACCCAAGAUAGAGACCUGCUUUGCUAAGAGCACUUAGCAUGCUUUCAGUGUGUGCUUAUUUGCAGCUAAAAACUACUUUCCUAUAUAGGUUAGCAUGCUUCUCCUUUAAAGUGUUGUUUAUUCUUUUGUGCAUCUCUACCCAAAUCGCCUCUGGCCCGGGGUGUACCAUUUCCCCUCAUCCUAGAGUUUAAAUGGAUCCGUCCAGAAGAUCAGGCUGCUGCUUCUUUCCUUCCCUGGUUUCCCCCUUGUUUUGCAUUUUGAAACUCUUGCCUUUUCAAAUGGGGCUGCUGCUUCCUUCUGCCAACAAACUCGUGCUUGCACCAAUUCUGUCAGGGCACUUUUGUACUGGCAACCCAUAAGCUGCUUUCUCUCUGCUAAUGGGCUGUUGCACUAUCGAGUGGGUUUUGUUUUGUUUUUAAAAGAGAUUUCAUGGAGCCUUCAGCUGUUCCGUCCUCAUGGAGAAAUGGGAAGUGGGGAAAGGAAAGGAAAUGGCUUGCAAGGCUUUAUAAGGGCAUGGCGAUGCUACAGAUGUAAACCAGUUUCAAUCCUGUUGGGCAGUGAAGAAUAAGAGCAUAUAUUUACUCAUCAGACUUUUAAAAAAGGUUCAGUACUGCUACCCUCUCUGCAGUGCUUCUUGGGAACUGUAGUUCUGUGAGGCAUUCUGUGAUUCCCAGAAAAGUGUGCGUGAAGCCGCAACAAUUAUGUUGUUAAAAUCUAUAUAAGUUUGCCGUGGAGACAUAGCAUGUUGCUUUAUACUGAGUCAGAUCAUUGUCCAUCAAGCUUGGUUUAGUCCACGGUUUCCCAAACAAAUCUUCAGUUGUUAUUGGACUACAACUCCCAUCAUCCCUAGCUACUAGGACCAGUGGCCAGGGAUGAUGGGAGUUGUAGUUCAAAAGCAGCUGGAGACUCAACUUUGGGAAACCCUGGUUUAGUCUACAUUGUGGCCUUCUAGAUGUUGCUGGACUCCAGCUUUCAUCAUCCCUGUCCGUUGGCCCAUGCUUGCUGGUGCGAUGGGAGGUGCAGUCUGGGGGGCUACAGGUUCCCCAUUUCUGGUCUGCACUGAUUGACAGUGGCUCUCUGGGUUUUCAGAAAGGAGAGUUCCCCAGAAUUACCUGGAGAGGCUGAGGCUUGAACCUAGAAUCAUUUGCAUGCAAAACCUCAAGACCGACCCUACCAUUAGGCAGAGUGAGUAAGCUGCCUCAGGUGGUAGAUGCUAAGGGUUGGGCAAUGGACAAAGCUGUGUGUGCCAUAUUGUGAGCACUAGGUUGGCCUCCGAUGCAGCGGAAGGCACUGCCCCAUUGCCAGAGCUGAAGUAAGAUUCAGCUGUCAGUCUGGUUAGCUUUUUUACACAGAAUGUAGCAGAAGGGAAGGCAUCACUUUAUUCUUUGCCUCUGGUAGCAAAAUGCCUUGGACUGGCUCUGCAAAGCAUGGGCUAGGCUACAGUGUCCUUCAGCCUUGGGUCCCCAGACACUGUUGGACUACAGUUCUCAUUAGCUGGGAGUUGUAGUCAAACCAUUUCAGCCCCAAGGUGCUGCAGCUUACAGUAAUUAGUUGUCCUUUGUCAUCACUGUGCUGUACUCAGGUGGUUGAGGGAAUGGUGACAUAUCUUGCAAGUAUGGCAUUGAGCAGUGGGUUUGUUUCAGGAUUAGUUAACACACAGGACAGGUCAACCACAGGUGUCAUCUCUAGGCUGAGCCUGCCAUGUUCACGACCAUUUAAGGAAUUAUAACAAGGAUAGGGAACUUGUGGCCUCUAUAUAUUGUUGGACUCCACUUCCCAUCAGUCCCAGCCAGCACAGACAAUGGCCAGGGAUGAUGGGAAUUGUGGUCCAGCAGUUACCAAAGGACUGCAAGUUCCCCAUACCUGGAAAAUAAACUUUGCCUUUGACUAGCAUCUAGUAUUCUCAGCUAAACCGUUACUGAACAGGGAGGUUACAUUGACCUAUUUUGGCUAGUAUCCACUGAUCAUGCUAAUUAAGAGAUGAUAGAUUUGAUUCAUUUUUAAAGCUGGUUACCUUCACUAUAUCUUCUUAUUUCCUUUUUCACAUUCACACUGUUAUCUUCCUUAAUUGUUUCCGGGAUUUUAGGCAACAGAAAAUUGCAAAGGUGCUUUUUUUACAAUCUUGUGCCAUUUUUAUUUGCAAGAAAAGAAAUCUUUUUUUCUAUGUCUUUAUGGACUGCGCUUUCAUUAAAAAACAAAAAAACAAAUACAGUAUACCAAUUUGUAAAAAGGUCAAUUAAAACAUCAGUAAAUACUGGUUACUAAAAAAGAAAUUCACAUUGCAAAGGCCUGUCUGAAACACAUUUUUUUCAGAUUCCUGCUGAAACUCUAGUGGUAUGGAGUUCCACAGGACUGGGUCUGUCACACUAAAGGCUUGGUCCCUUGUAAAGCCCAGCAGAACCUCCAUAGACAACUUAACUGCAAAAAAUAAAAAAAAAAUCAUUUUUGAAAGUGUUUGAGGGCAACUGCUUUGAAAGGAUUGCAAAAGGAAAUUGUGGCCUCAGAUCUUCAGGAAGCAACUGUCCACAAGUUUGCUCACCACAUUGAGUGCCCACCAACCCAACAGGCAUGCUUGUUGGAACUUAAGUCUGCGUUGCAGAGUCCUCUGAGUGCCUUGGAGGCAACAGAAGACUUGUCUAAGCCCUCUUCCUGACUGCCUCUGAGUUUAUGCUGCACCUUGUAGAUUCUCCAAGUGCCUCUGAAUGAAGCUGAAUGGGAAAUAGGAGACACACACCCCACCCUUCCCUAUUGGGAAAGGGGCAGGGGUCCUGGCAAGCCAUCAUAAUAAUAAUAAUAAUAAUAAUAAUAAUAAUUUAUUAUUUAUACCCUGCCCAUCUGGCUGGGCUUCCCCAGCCACUCUGGGCGUCUUCCAAAAAAAUAUUAAAAUACUGUCAUACAUCAAACAUUAAAAGCUUCCCUAAACAGGGCUGCCUUCAGAUGUCUUCUAGAAGUCUGGUAGUUGUUGUUCUCUUUGACAUCUGGUGGGAGGCGUUCCACAGGGCAGGUGCCACUACCGAGAAGGCCCUCUGCCUGGUUCCCUGUAACUUGGCUUCUCGCAGUGAGGGAACUGCCAGAAGGUCCUCGGUGCUGGACCUCAAUGUCCGGGUAGAACGAUGGGGGUGGAGACGCUCCUUCAGAUAUACAGCCUAAACGUUAGAUUACUAUUAAAGCCAUCCAACAUUUGUCAACUUCUCCCUCAAAUUGGAAUUUCUGUUUGUCCCAUAAUAAAUGUUCAGCGUACAAUGGAAGCCAAAAGGUUAAAUUUUGGACAGGACCUUUUUUAGACUGUAUGUGUAAAGUCAUAUGUCUGAAUUUUCCACACAUACAAAUGCAAAGCUCCCUUCAGGUAAUAUUCGAGUAUACUUGGAAGCAAGGCUUAAAGUAUUCUUCUCCAGGAGAGUGAGGGAGAGAGAGUGGUACAGUCAUACCUUGGAAGUUGAAUGGAAUCUGUUCUGGAAGUCUGUUAGACUUCCAAAACGUUUGGAAACCAAAGCCUGGUUUCUGAUUGGCUGCAGGAGGCUCCUGGAGCCAAUCGGAAGCCGCGAUGGACGUUUGGGUUCCAAAAGAACAUUCAGAAACCAGAACACUCACUUCUGGGUUUCAAUUGUUUGGGAGCCAAGGUGUUUGAGAUCCAAGGUAUGACUGUAUAUCAAGAUUUUCACUAAUGUGGGGGAAGAGAGCUUUGUACAUCAUAAUUUGACACAAAAGAAAUGAAAUUCCAUCAACAGCUUUGAAAUGACCCAGGUCUUCCUUAGAAACAUGUAAUUUGUGGGUUAUUUUCCCUGCAAUAGCCAGAGUUCACAUACCCUUCUACCGCAACAAGUGGUUUAAGUCAUGUCGUGUCUUCCAUUUCUGGUCCAAAGAAGUUCUAGAUAGGCUAGUUUGAAAAUUUGUGUGCGAGUAUCAAAAAAUGUAAUCGUACCCUGUGGAAGUUGAAAUGGUGCAGUCCAGAAUUUCAUCACUAAUGUUCGAAUCCACUGUGCACAUUUUGGUUACAGUGUGGGAGGAGACUAGGAGGGAGGGUACCACUAGUUAUACAUCUGCUGUAGCCAAUGUUACACCGGAAAAAGCUGAGCUAACCUCUGUUGGCCAUAUACCUGGUGACUUGCCAAUGGGCAUCCUUUGGAUCCAUGUCAGAGCACUGAUUUCAAAGCAGUAGUGCGGCUUCCAAGUCCACCGCGUUUAUUGCUGGACCACACUAGCUGCAGACCACUACAAAGAAGUGAACUGGUAUGCUCGUUCCAGCAACUGGAGUAACUUUAUUUUUGAUGCACUGGCUGCCCCCCGCCAAAAAAAACCCCCUAAAAAACAAACCAUUAAAUACAUGACAGCGGUGUGAUCAUUGGGGUCAAACAUGCAGAGAAACCCAGGACUGCCAUUUGCAGAACUUGUAUUUGUUGCACUGCAAUUUUGCAUAUGUCUCAGAAGUUAGCCUCAUACACAUUCAGUGGGGACUUACUCCAUAAGAUUUCUGCCUGAAUUUCAAUGAUCUGGUUCAUAGUUUUUCUUUCUUUAGCCCUGUGCAAAGGAGGUUAGAGUUAUAGACUCUUGAUAUGCUUCUAAGAGUUGCACCAAAAGGAGCUUAAUCAGAAAUCCUGACAUGUCUAUAUUUGUACAAGAACUGAAAGUUGCAGGAAGUGGUAAUACGUAGUAAGACAUAAGUUCCUGGUAUAUUAGAAAGAUGAGUUCUUGUUUUUUUAAAAUGGUACAUUUAAUCUGAUUUAAGCACUCCUCAUAUCCUUACCCUCAAAGAAUGAAUCAAUGAAUCUUUAUUUGCAUCAGCCAUCGGCCACAGCAAUAAAACAACAAUACAAUAUACAAAGAAUAGAAAUAAAAAAUCAAUUAUAUAAAAUACAGUCCCUCAAAGAGAUUUGAAUAAGAAAUCUAAAUUGCAAACCUUUUCAGCAUCAGUCUAAUUAAAAUUAGGAAUAGUCAGGUUCCCAUAAGGAAUAUAUUUGGGGUACUUGUUUGUUUGUUUGUUUGUUUGUUUGUAUUGCACAUUUGUAGCCAGAUUUAAUUAUUUUUUAUUCAAAACAAUUUUAUGCCCUGCUUUCCCUCUUCACAAAGCAGUUGCUCAGAGCAACUUACAAAUAAAGAGCAAACAUCAGUGCAACAGUGAUCCAAGCACUAAAACACAAAUGUUCAAACAAAUUUUUUUUACAAAGAGCAGUACUUACAGUGAAUAUGUUGAGCAGCAACAGAAGAGAAGUUUUUAAUUGGCAGUGGGAGAAAAAAAGAGUAAGAUAACCUAACCUUCAGCUGGUGCAAAAUGUAAUGGCCAGAUUGUUCGCCAGAACAAGAUGGUUGGAGCAUAUCCUGACCCAUCUGCCCUGGCUGUCAGUUAGUUUCCAGGCCAAAUUCAAAGUGAUGGGGUUGACCUAUUAAGCCUCAGGACCUCAAUACUUUAAGGACCGCCUCUCCCCAUACAAACCGAUCCAGACCCUGCGCUUAUCAUCUCAGGGCCUUCUCUAGAGGUUCAAAGGGUGGCAAUAAGAGAACAGGCCGUUUCUGUGGUGGCCCCCCAACUGGAAUGCUUUCCCAAGGGAGACUUGCCUGGUGCCAUCAUUACAUGUCUUUAGAUGCCAGGCAAAAACAUUCCUCUUUACUCGGACUUUUAACUCAUUAAAUAACUUACGGUGUGUUAAAGCUGGUGGCAUGUACGACUGUUAUUAUGAUUAUUUUAUUAUUAUGCUGCCUGUUGCUAUGCUUUUUAUUAUGUUUUUAUUAUUGAUUCUCCAUAAAAUGUGUUCUUAAUGUUGUACACUGCCCCGGGAUCUUUUGAUAAAGGGUUAUUAUAUUAUUAAUAUAAUACUUAUAUUAGUAAUAAUAAUACUGCCCUGGGAUCUUUUGAUAAAGGAUGGUAUAUAAAUCAAAUAAAAAUAUAAACAAACAAACAAAUAAAUCACCAGAAUAUCCAUUUCAGCAAUUCUCUGUGUUUGUGCUUUCCCCCAUUUUCUUUCUAAUAUAUUUCCCCUUUGCAGUGCUAUUUGAAAGUCAUGCAAACCAAUCUUGAAGAUUUUCCAAUGUUGGGGGCAGACUCAAGAAAGGAAGCUUAUAUCUGAUCUUCUGAGAAUGUGUGCUGCAAAGUGUAUUUGAACUCAUCCUGUCAGCUCUCACAAGAUAUUAUGAGACUUUAAUUUAAAGAGAGAGAUAUAUUGGGGGGGAGGUGGCUAUUUGGCCUGGAAAAUAGAAGCUGUUUGCCCUUAAUAGGAAGGUGUGCUGGAAUUUAGGAUGUUUUUUUCUUAGACUAUAUUGGUGUGUUUGAGUAGCUGUCCUGGCUAUGGGCUUCUAUUAGUGCAGCUCUGAGCAAGUGUGCCUGAGGCCAAGGCUUUUUUUUUUUUAAGGCGAAAAAAAGGGUAUGAAUGUGACUGAAAAGUGAGAACAGGAAACACCAUGUUAUAUUUAUAGUUAUAUAUACAUUUAGUUAUCUAUCUGUCCACAGUUUAUAUAUAUCUAAUGUGAUAUAUGUAUAGUCUUGUCAAAGAGAACCCUGAAUUACUGAGGGAUCUUAAACCAUUUCUUUCAACGAAUUUGAAAAAUACGUUUUCAGUCAGUUGGAUGGUUUCCAGAGGUAGCGUUGACAAAGCACCCGUCCCCCCACCUAACGCACAUGUUCAGGGUGCGAGUCUCCCUGCUGAUUUUCUACUGGUCCCCAUGGGUGAGCAAUGUGGCUGGAAGUGGUAGGAGUAGAUUAGAGAGAGACCAGGCUCCUGCUAUAUAUCCCAGGCCUGGCCAAGCAAGCAACCAACCGCCUGCUGUCUACCAUUGUUGCAUAUAACAUUACUGCUUCUGUGUAGAAGUCGUGGAAUCCGGAGCUCCAGAUCCUUGCCUCUCUCCUGGUUCAUAUCUCAGUUUCUGUGAUGUUAUUAUCCUUUUCUCUUUUUUUACUUUUUACUUUAGAUUUCUCACUUCUCCUUUACCAUACCUUUCUCUUUAACGCAUUUAUUCUACGUUAUACUGUAGGGGUGCUCAGGUGAACCCCCACAUGCCAGUCCUCAAAGGUUGGAGGGGGGAGGAAGUGGGAAUGUUAGGCAAGACUCACUUAAGCCUGUCUGAAAAGUGGGAUGCCCAUCUUGCCCCAGUUUGAGUGCAUUGCCUCAUGUCCUCGAUGAAUAUGUGAGGGAGGGUUAGUAUCCUGACGGAAGGACUACAUGGCAGGAGCUGCCUUAUCCUCUUGGAUUGGAUCUGAUCUGUGGGCAAUUGCCAAUUAUAAGAACUGUAACUUGGAGGAACUUGUUUUCCUCUUCCCUCCAAUUCAUUUUUCCUUGUGUGCUGUGUCUUUUUUAUUGAGAGCCUGAGGGCGGCGACUGCCUCGUUUGCAGUGCAAUAAAAACACACACACAUGCAUGCAAACAAACAAACAAACAUUUCACAAAAGGUUGCUCUCGCCUUGAUUGCAGUUUCUUUUCUCCUUAGAUAACGGAGAAUUGUGGUGUGGGGGAGACACAGGAGAAAAACUGAGCACCUCUUAUGCUGUGCACAUAAAUUAAAGUUGCUUGUAUAGCUGCAUAAUGUGCUGGGGGGGGGGUGUAAAGGUUUGAGUUUCUAAUGACAACCUUUCUUUUUUUCUGGUGUGGCGCUAGGGUGUGAAGGAGGAGACCCCAGAGAAGCCAAAGUGUCCUACUAAAGCGGAGAAAGCUGGCUGGAUCAGGAAGAGCAGUGCAGGCCUCUUUGGUCUCUGGAAGGAGCGUUACAUCCAGCUGUGCAAAACCAAACUGUUAGUGUACGAAGAUGAGGUAAGAACAGUUGAAGGGAAGCUUCUCUGGAGAGGGCUGUUCUCUUGCUCAGUGCUCGGUGACACUGGGGCCUGCCACAAUGCAAUGAUAGGAUCAGCCACUCUUGUCUUGACACGGUGCCUUUCAGUACGUUCGCCUGCUAAAUCCUGAAGACCGGUGGCGCUCAUAGUUCGCCUGCAUUAAGGUUGUACCUGUCAAUUCCGUAUGAAAAUAAGCUCCUGUUUCUCCCCUUGUAUGAGACACCACAUUCCAGGGAGCUUGCCGUUUUGGUCCAUUGCAACAGAAACCAGCAGUCUUGUACCACUUGAAAGGUUCGUGUUGUGGCAUGAAGCUUUGGGGAUCUCAACCUGCUCAGGCUUUAAUACUUGCCUUGGAGGUCCUGCUGUCUGUAUCAUUGUCCAAGGUGCUUAAUAAUAAUAAUAAUAAAUUAUGUGUAUGCAACCCACUUGACUGGGUUUCCCCAGCCACUCAAGAGAUUAGGCCCUUUUGGUAGUGGAAAUAGGUUUCCCUGUAGAGCAAGGAUGAGGAGCCUUUUUCAUCCCGAGGGCCACAUUGCAUUCUGGUCAACUUUGCAGGGAGCCAUGUGCCAGUGGGCAGGCAAUAAAUGUUCAGUAUACUGAUUUCUGGGACGUGGGUGGCGCUGUGGGUUAAACCACAGAGCCUAGGACUUGCCAAUCAGAAGGUUGGCGGUUCGAAUCCCCGCGACGGGGUGAGCUCCCGUUGCCCGGUCCCUGCUCCUGCCAACCUAGCAGUUCGAAAGCACGCCAAAGUGCAAGUAGAUAAAUAGGUACCACUCCGGCGGGAAGGUAAAAGGCGUUUCCGUGCGCUGCUCUGGUUUGCCAGAAGUGGCUUAGUCAUGCUGGUCACAUGACCUGGAAGCUGUACACCGGCUCCCUCAGCCAAUAAAGCAAGAUGAGUGCCACAACCCCAGAGUCAACUGGACCUAAUGGUCAGGGGUCUCUUUACCUUUAUACUGAUUUCUACACACGUUCACCCACCUCUCCAUCCAGACUAACAAGACACAUUGUCUGUGUUCAAGGGUACGUUCCAGCCAGGCAAAAACACUUGGGGUGCAAAGCUGGGGUGUUUCUUGGGGAAAGUCCCAAGGGAGAUAAAGAGAUUUGGAGGCCUGUAUUCAGCCCCAGAGCUUGAGGUUCCCCAGCCCUGCUGCAGAGAUUCACCCAGCUUCCUCCCUGUUAUUUUUCAGACAAAAACUGAAAACAUGUCUAUUCAUCAAACAGGAUUUUAAUAUCUAACUCUGCUUCUUUCUUUUAUUAAUUGCUUGGGGGUAAGCAGCUCUAACUCUUAGAAGAAAGACAGAUUUAAAUGUUGAACUAGUAAUAAUAGAGCCCAUUUUCUUAGAAGCGCUGCUACACAUUCCCGCCCCCCCUAUACUCAUGUGUGCCAGUGAGAGAUACAGUUCUGCCAUCUAAGGAUCUGAUCAAAUAGAUUCUAAGCCACAAACAUUCAUGUCAAAAUAAAGCUGCAGUCCUGUGCAAUUUUACGUUGCAGUAAGUCCUGCAGAAUUCAACAGGACUUAAUUCUGAGUAGGCAGAACUUUUUAAAAAGAAAGAAGAAGAAAAUGAAAUGCAGUCUGAAGCCCAGUGUUGGUGAAGGCCUGUUAGAUUAGCAGUAGACAUUCUACUGUGCAUGCAGAAGGUCUUGGGUUCAACCCUGGAAUCUCCAGGAAGAUCUGGAAGAGAAUCUCUGUCUGAAACCAGGGAGAGCUACUGCCAGUCAAAGUCAACAAUAGACCAGUGGUCUGACUCAUGAUAAGGGAGCUCUCUGUGUUGCUCUUUUGUUAAGAGCUGUGUUUGGACUUCGAAGAACUGGGUUUGAAUCACAGCUCCGGCAUGAAUAUUCUUUGUCCUUGGGUGAGUCACUAUUUUUCUCCUUCAGCCUUAUUUUUCCCAGCAGUCUGCAGGAAUAACAAGGACUUGCCUCACAGGACUUAGUGAGAAUCAACAUAAUAAUAUUUAUUAUUAUUUUUACAAAUAUCAGGAACCUCUUCUUACAUUUGCGGAGAAUUGGCCAGGAUAUUAUUUGCAAAUAAUUUGUUUUGAUUUGACUGGAAAAUAAAGCCACAUCAAGAGAAGGUGAAAUGACUUCAUAGGAUUUGGGAACAAUCAACUGAAGACUAAUUCGCAGCUUUUCAGCAAUUAAGGGUGCAGUCCUGUGCAUGUGAAAUUUGGAGGAAGAAAAUUUGGAGUUUAGGAUUGCAACCUAAGCAUCAGAAUAUAAUUCAGACUUGGGGAUCGGUGGUUACUUAUAUAAUGAAUAAGCCCUCGUAGACAACCGUGCAAAGAUUUUAUGAAUGAUGCUCCUUGCUGCCUUUCAUUUUUGGAUAUUUCAAAAGAUUUUUUUUAUAAUAAGUGCUAAUUUAAUAUACUUUAAGAAAUAUGAGAUAUAUAGCCCCAUCAAUGUCUGCAGCCCUUUAUAGUAUAGGCAAAAGGGAGUAAGUUCCUGCUCCAAGGAUCCUACAGUCUAACGGGAAGAGAGCAAAGGGAGAGCAUUUUUCACAUUGGUGAGCAUUCAGAAACACAGACCUCCUCUUGCAGUUGCACAUACAAGACUUGGAUUUCCUAGAAGUUGGGAAUAAAGACUGGGGUGGAGUGAUGGGGUAGUAGUUGUAUUAAGCAAGAGCAUCAUAGAACAUGAUCUGGAGUAAGGUCUGUGUUCAAGUCCCCACUCAGUGAUGACGUCUGUGAAGGUUGGGCCAGUUACAUGCUCCCAGCCUAGCCUAUGUUGCAGGGUGAUUGUGAGGAGAAUAUGAGACAGCCCCCCUGCAUGUCAACCUCUGGCUCCUUGGGGGAACGGGACAGGAUGUGCAAAAGGGUUAUUUUAAUUGUAAAAGAUGCUUGUAAAUAACCACUUGGCUGGUCAACUAUGGUAUUCCCCCCAUUUCCUCCAGGUGACCAGCUAUAGACCUGGUCCACACAGGCAACAGAAUAAGACUGCAAGAACCCUGAAGUGGUAGAAUAGGCUGUACCACUUUUAACUUCAGGUGGGGCAAUGCCAUCUUUGAAUGCUUAUCCACUGUAAGAGCUCCCUGCAAAUUUAAAAGGAAAAGCAAUGCCUCUUUGUUGUUGUACAGCAGCCUGCUCCAUGUUAUGCUUGCUUUUUACUUUUAGAGAUCUCCCCCAAGCACACACAGAGGGGAACGAUUGAAAAUGUGGUGUUUCUCCUGCUGUCACAAGUAGUGUAGUUCAUUCUGACACCUGCUAACGCUGCUGCCCUCUUCCCACAGCUUUCUGCUAGCUGUGACUAGUAACUUCACGUGUGCACACCCCUCACUCCACCCUCAGCGGUGAGCUUGCAAGAGCUAACAGAGGCAAGUGUGGGCUCGCAGGCUAAUAAAACCAAAAUAAAACCGGAGGCUGCAGAGCUUCUCUGCAAGGCUGUUGUAAAAGCACUCUGCAAAAUUAAAAAUGGUGCAAAGAUUGCGAUGGUGCUUAUUUAUUUUUAAAAGUGUGUAUCUGGUGCCCUUCCUCUCAGGGCCGUGUUCAGACCAUCACUGAGAAAGAUGCCAUCUAAUAUGUCAAAGGAUGGGUUUGUUAGAAAUGACAGAGCAAUGCAAUGUUCGAAAACCGAGGUACCACUGUAUUGCAAAUUUAUUGAAGAAAGGGAAAAAAAACAUAUAGAAAGGAGAGGAAGGAAAGGGGGGACAGGAGAGAGAAAGAAACACACACACAGGAGAGGAAAAACAUUUCAGCUCACAUUAACAAUACAAUAACCAUCAAUACAUCCAUCUUAGCUUACACAGGUAGCUCUCCACAUGCCAACCAAAUGUCCAAAUAUGUAUACAAAUGAAGCUGAUGUUUCUAAAAUGUGUGUUCAGAUAUAGCAAGGAUGUUAUGGUCUCCAGACCACUGCAUGAUAGAUGGUGAGUGUUUAUCCUUCUAGUUUCGCAGUGUCUCUUGGCUCGCUAUUGUUCUGCAGUUAAAACCCAUCCUUCAGGAAUGCAGUGUAAAAGUACACAAGCACCCACAAAUACCAAGGAUUUCACCAGUACAAAAAAGGGUCUUGUCCGUGGAACCUGCAGGACCAUGGAGAGUUUCUAGUGGGCAACCGGUUCUACUGGAGACUGGGACUGGAUUGAGCCCUUUUCAGCCUCUGACUUCCUUGGACCCAGGAGAGGGUCCCAUGAGGGUCCUAGUCCUUGUUCUAUAAGCCCUAGUGCUGUGGGAUCUGGUCCAGAGGGCUCCUGUGUCCCAGCCUUGGGUUUAGCAGCCCACGUGAGGCUCCAGGCCAUGAAACCAGACUACUGUGGCUACUCAAGCAUAAACCCAGGCCCCAUCUGCAUGGUUCCCCCCAAUGAAUCCUGGGAAGUGUAGUUGGUUAAAAGUACUGAGAGUGGUUAGGAGAUCCCCACAGCGCUCCAGUUCCCAGAGUUCCCUGUGAAGAGGGUUUGAUUGCUAAACCACUCUGAGAAUUGAAGCUCUGUGAGGGGAAUGGGGUCUCCUAACUACUCUCGGCUCCCUUAGCAAAUGGCAUUUCCCAGGAUUAUUCAAGGGAAGCCACGGGUGUUUAAAGCGGUGUCAUGGUGCUUUAAAUGUAUAGAGUGAAUGUUGUUGCCUCAGUAGACUGUAAACUCGGUGUCAGGAUCCCUGCUCAAUCCCAGCAACAUAAUGCUACUGUGUUUUUAAGGCAAGCUCCAUGGAUUGAGAUCUGAAAUGGACUGGCAACUGUUGGGAGUGUUGGGCUGGCAAAGUGUGUUUGCUUCCACCAGUCCCGGUUGGUAGCCUAGCAGUCCCCCGUCCCCCCGCAUUGUCUUUUAAUGAAAAGCCUUCAAAGGAAGCUCCACGUGCAACACAUGCCAGUGGUCCAGAUCCCAGAUAGCAGCGGCUAGGCUACAAGGAGAAAUAUAGGCGUUCCUAAUCAAUCGUUCAUCCCCUGGGCAGCUGGAAGUCAUCAAGUCCUGGGAGAGAUAAGAAAUUUAAAAGAUGCACUCACAACAAACCCCUGAUUUAAUUGCCAUGGCUCAUCUUCCUGACUGCUACUGAGCCCCAAGGCAAUUGUCCUUCAUACCUUCUGGUCUGCCUUUCCCCUUUCUCCUCUUUGCCCAUUCAUGGGCAUGAAGGACACUUGUCUGAUUGUGUUUUCUUCUCUGCCUUAGAUGGUGACACCUCUGGUGAUACCUCUCCAGAUGUUGCUGGCUCAAUAGCACUUUCUUCUCCAGUUGAUUUCCAUAGGGUUGGUGUCUUGAAGCAAAGGCAAUUUAAGAGCCUUUGGGCCUUAACAAAUUUAUUAUGGCAUAAGUUCUUGUGGACUCAGAUUUAAGGGAAAUGUUCGUUGGCAGAUAUAUAUAAAUAAAGGAGAAAACUAGACGGUGGGAGGUAAAUGGCAGUGAAUUGCAAAAAUUACAGUCAGUUUGCAUGAGAGCUUAAAAUACACAAGCAAGAGGUGAAGGUGGUCCCUCAAGCUUGCAAUGAGCAUUUGGUGUGUUGGUAUUUGUACUUGAUCUGAAAAGGUAGUCCUGAGUCUAGGACACAGUCCCCUCCCAUAGCAUAAAGGUAGAUAGAGAGAAAUAGGUAUUUUUAAAUAUUCUUUUCUGCAUGGCCAAAAUAUACAAUGAAAUACAAACGGAGAAAUAUAAGACAGUGGUUGUAUUGUGGCUGACUGGCAGGUGAAGACUGUUUUAUUCCAACAGACUUUGGGGAACAGACUGGUUUUAAGGAAGGGGCCUUUAAUAGUGCUGUGCUGCAUUUCCAUAACUUGCUUAAUUCUAUUGUAGAUAAAAUGCCUUUUAAACUAUUAUCUUUUAGCUAUCUGUGCUUUUUUUUUCAUGUUUGCUUUAAUUUUUGUGAGCCACCUUGAAUCCCAGUUCUGCGAAAAGGGCAGGAUAUAAAUAAAUAAAAUGAUAACAAUAGUGUUAGCCUUGUGCAAUGAAGGGUAGCAAAGGGGUUCCUUCACACACACACACACACACACACACACACACACACCACUAUUGUAAUAUCAUAUAAGGAACAGUCUGAGUGUGUGCCAACUCAACCCUUUUUUAGGUGAAGCUGAUCUGGCUACUGUCGCAUGUACCUUGGGCACAUUUAGCAUGGAUUACUGCAACAUGCUUCACGUAGGGCUGCCCUUGAAAAGUUAGGAGGAAAUGCUAGCUGGUGCAAAUAUUAUGUAUUUUGUGGUUUUAUGUCUUGAUUUCAUUCUGUGAAUCACCCUGAGACCCCCAGGUAGAGGGCGGUAUAUAAAUUCAAUAAAUAAUAAUAAUAAUACAGCUCCCAGAGUGUUCUCAGGGCUCACUGGUAUUUUGAGCAGAAUACUAUUUUCCCCUUUCAGUCUGAACUGGCUUCCAGCUCGUUGGUGGUGCUGAUCAUGUCAAGUUUGCAGGUUCGAUCCCUUCAUGGGACAGUUGCAUAUUCCUGCAUAUUGCAGGGGAUUUGCCUAGAUUAUCCUCAGGGUAACUUCCAAGUCUCGGGACGCGGGUGGCGCUGUGGGUUAAACCACAGAGCCUAGGACGUGCCAAUCAGAAGGUCGGUGGUUCGAAUCCCCGUGACGGGGUGAUCUCCCGUUGCUCGGUCUCUGCUCCUGCCAACCUAGCAGUUCAAAAGCACCUCAAAGUGCAAGUAGAUAAAUAGGGACCGCUGUGGCGGGAAGGUAAACGGCAUUUCAGUGCGCUGCUCUGGUUCGCCAGAAGCGGCUUAGUCAUGUUGGCCACACGACCUGGAAGCUGUACGCCGGCUCCCUCGGCCAAUAAAGCGAGAUGAGCGCCGCAACCCCAGAGUCGGUCACGACUGGACCUAAUGGUCAGGGGUCCCUUUACCUUACUAACUUCCAAGUCUCCAAUUCUAUGAUUCAUUCCUGGGCACAAUUCAAAGUGCUGGUUAUUACCUAUAAAGCCCUAAGUGGUUUGGGUAUUUCAAUAUUUAAAGCUGUGCCUUCUCCAACACAUAUCUGCUCAGGACUGGCUGAUGAUGUCUUUCUGCCUGAGACAAAGGACAAGAUGACACAUCCUGCUUCCAGAUUCCAUGUACAGAAGCAGACCAAUCCGGAAACUAAAUCUUAGGCCGUACCGUACAUUUAAAGCAGUAUCAAACCACUUUAAACAGUUAUGGCUUCCUCCAAAGAAUCCUGGGAACUGUGAUCUGUUAUAUUGCUGAGAAUGGUUAACCCCUAUUCUCCUCACAGAGGUCCGAUUCCCUGAGAGGUUUAACAAUCAAUGCCUUUUCCCAGAGAAUUCUGCAAAUUAUAGCUCUGCGAGGGUUUGUCUCUGUUAAUUUGUAGCUGAAGACGGGAGACAGCACGUCCUUCACAGUAACUAUCCAUACUGAUCUUUAAUUGUAUUUGUUAUGGCUUCUUGUAUUGUAUUUUAUGGUAUCGCAAUAUGAAACCUAUGGGAUUCAAAUUGUAAUACAAUAAAAUGCAAUAUAUAAGAAAUAAAAGAUGCAGUAAAAAUACAAUUUAAACCACGUAGCAUCUAGUGCAGUGCCAGUUUUCAGGUGUGAGAAAAAUGAUUUUAUAUGUAAUGGAAGCAAUAAAGUCUGAGGCAGAACUCCUAUGUUUUGUGGCCUCACCUUGGGGGCAAGCUCUUAUAUGUUAUAGUAUAGUUUAAAUGUGCUUAAUGAGCUGGGAUUUGCUUGUAAUGCAAAGAGAGAGAGAGAGAAAGUAAAAAGAAGAAGAAAGAAAACCAGUGGGGUUUCAGGCACCCCAUGACUCUGCUGGGAUGGGACAGGGCAGUAAUAUUGAGAGAGGCAAUCUCAAUCUAGCUAUAUAUGCUUUGACUGGUGAGCUUCUCAUGACUUCAAACGGACCCAGACAAAAAUAAUCUGUGUUUGCUCAACGUUUCCGUUGUGUUCAGUUUCCUGUGACUUGGUUUCUUGCACAAGCUAGAUUUUGCAGGAUUGGGCCCAUAAUGAUAAGAUUAUUUUUCUGCUUUACCCAGCAAGCAGCACCAGAUAUAUGGACAUGUUUCGUCUCAAGGGAAUUUGGAACAGCACACUUUUGCACCCUUAGAAUAUUGCUGCCCAGUGACCAUUUUAUUUUAUUUUUUAUUUUUUUUAAAAAAUGAUAUUUAUUAAGCAUUUUCAAAUUACAGAAAAAACAAAGAGACAAAGAAGAAAAAGAAAAACAAGGGAAAAGCAAACAGCAGUCAAACAAUACAAAUCGAUAAAAAUCAAAACCAAAAAACAAAACACAUAACACAUCAAAAUCAAAAAACAAAAGUAAACCACAAACAUUUAAAAACAGAUCCAAUAUUCCCAAAUCCUUAACUGUCAUUGCCUUAUUUCAUCGACCUCCUCACACCUCCCUUUUUUGUAUUCCAGUUAUUAAUUAUCACAGCAAAUCCUUCCCAUUUUUCAUAAUAUUCUGUCAUUAAAUUACCUUAAUCUAUUUUAACCUUAUCUUGCUAUAAAAGACCCUAAAACUUAAAAUUUAAAUCUUAUUUAUACCAAUUUCUCAUAACCAUAACAUAUUCUUGCAUAGUUCUUUUUAACAUUUCUGCUAAAGCCAAAUAGUUUCGUUCCAACAUUUUCCCAAUACUCAUUAAUUUUACAAAACAAUCCUAAAUAAAUUUUUUUUAAAACUUUCUUCCAAUCUUCAUCCAACGUCUCUUCCUCCUGGUCCCGGGUUUUGUCAGUCCUUUCUAUCCCAUCCAUCUAGUUCAUUAAGCUGGUAAUCUUAUGUCCUAGGCCCUUAAGUCUCUUCCAUGUCCCUUCCGCAGAUCUUCUUCAUAUUUAUACCUGUACUUUACUUUGUCUCCUUGUCUUUUCACUCGUGGAAACUCCAACUUGACAGUAUUUUUGUCCCUUCUCGACAGAUCAGCCCCUUUUCCAUAGUCCACACUGAACUCCAUGUGGUGUUUAAAAGCAUGUUUCAAGGUCCCUCCAGAGUUGAGGACCCCCACAACCCCAAACUCCUCACGGCCCAUUGCCAGACUUGAAAAGUCAAGGCAUCCCUGCAUAGGGGGGUCUAUCCAGCCCCCCAUCUCCAAACCCAACGCAACUCUAUCUCUCCAAGUCUGGCUUUUUACAGGUUCAUUUGUCAAAUCCAACAACUCAUCUUCCUGCUGGGCCACAGCUCCCUCCAUCCCAGUGACCAUUUUAGUUGCUUCUACAGUGCAGUCAAUGGGGCCUCCUUCCCUGUGCUGACAUUCCCACUGUGAGGAACCUGUGCUCCUCCAGCAGUUGCUGGACUCCAAACCUUGUCAGUCUCAGCAUCAGCAUGACUGAUGGACAGGGAUUAUGGGAGUUGUAGUCUAGCAACAUGGAGGGCUGCAGGUUCCUCACACCUGGUCCGUAGGCACAAAAGGAUGUAACAUUUCCAGCAGUUGAGGGGGCUGGGGGGGCAAAGAGAUUUAUUUCAAUUCCCUGUGAAACUCCUUGCCGUUCCUCACCACAAACAGAACCAUCUUAAGUGAUGUAAAGUAGCGGAAAUUGCAGGAAAAAAUUAUCCAAAAUGAGAAAAAAUGACUCUUCUUUCAUAUAUGGUAGACAUACUCUUAUAUUUUCCAUCUCUGUGUAAAAGUUUGAAAUUCCUAAUUGUGUGUGAAUUUUAUUACAUCUGUGUUCUUUUCCUUCGGCCAUGAACUUAAAUCACUAAGUUCCUCACAAGCUGCCUUCUGUCGUCCAGGGUUGCAAUCUGUGAGCUUUUUACACCCUUGCAGAAUUGCACAGCCUAGAACGCUUGUUGAAAUGAGAAUGGCUGCUCAAGGCCUGGCCAGUGGGCCUCGGCUUGAGGCAGGAUUCGAACCCAGGCCAUCCUAGUCCAAGCCCAGUGCCCUCCGCACAACAUUGCACCUGGUUUCAUGUCCUAGAUCAGAGUAACCCAGUGCGUUUUAUUCCCCCGCCCCUUGCAGGAGGAACAGAAGUGUGUUGAGACCGUGGAGCUGGAACGGUACGACAGGUGCCAAGAGUUGCGUGCCCUCCUGAAAAGGAAAAAUCGGUUCAUUUUAAUCCGGUCUCCGGGUCACAAGGUAGGAUGUCCUUCUCUUUGUACAUGGAUGAAUUGCGUUUAUCUGUCACCCCUCCCCAAGAAGCCAGUACUUCUUCUCGGUGCUGUGUACUUAUCCAUGCUUCACAGCUGUUCUUUUUCACAGCUCUCCAGAGUGUCAUGCAGAUGUAUUGGCUUGAGAAGUCAGAGAUUGAACUGAAAACCUUCAGUAUAUAAAGUGUGUGCUGUGUUGCUUUAUCUAGGGGCAUGGUGUAGCUUGUUGAAGAGCUGGACUUUCCCGUGUAGCAGCCUUCUCGUUCUGCCUGUUGGAAGGGUCAGACUUAUGGGAGCAAACAGAGGUGAUUCAGGGUUGCAAGCGGUCUGAAAUAUACUCGGAGUUGAGAGUGGAUUUCAUCCUCUUUAUUCAGCUCAUAGUGGUGAGGAGGAAUGAAAGUUCCCCCAAAGUAUCUGCAUGUGAUUGGCUAAUUCCGGAAUUCUCCUGUAGGCCAAUCAGGUUGUGGAAUCACUUCCAUCUGGAGCUGGAUUGGGUGGCUCCUGCAGACCAAUCAUACUGCCGCAUAGUUCUGGGACCAAUUAGACUGCUACAUUCUGAAUCCUAUUGUUCUAGGACCAAUCAGACUGCUGCAUUUUGGAUCCUAUUGUUCUAGGACCAGUCAGACUGUUGCAUUUUGGAUCCUAUUCAACUCAGUACAUAACACCGUCAAAGACCUGCUAUGCUUUCUGCAGCAGGGUCCGUGCCUCUAGCAUCCCAGAACUGCCCAAUCAGCAUGAAAUAGAAGUUCUUUUAUCUACUGAGAUGAACCAACUUUGUGUUGAUUGGAGCCAGUCAGCUUGAAAGGAGGUGAGUCAGUCACUAGUGGCGUAGCGUGGGGGGUGCAGGGGGGGCCGGCCGCACCGGGCGCAACAUCUGGGGGGGCACACUCACACUCCCAGCUCUCUGCCCCUACCUGGCUCACGGGUUAGGGGGCGCAAAUUACUUGCCUUGCCCCGGGUGCUGACAACCCACGCUACGCCACUGUCAGUCACUGAGGAUUGGCUCUGGGGGUCACUCUGGAGAAGGUCUGCAGGAAGAACACAGAGGGGGAGUUUGUUCUGCAUGCCCCAAGGCUAAGCAUUUAGGGACGCUGAAAACGCAAGGGGCUUCAGUUUCAAGAGAACGGUAGGUAGGUUCUGUUACGUAUAAGGGAAAUGCAACUUAAGUAAUUCCAAAGGAAGAUAUUGGAGCACUCCAAAUCAUUUGCCCGUGUAUGUGCACAGAAAAUAGUAGAUGGUAGCUAAAAGGCAACACAGAUCUGCACUGAUCAUUGCAAUGGAUUCCUUAUUAUUAUUAUUGUAUAAUCUUAGAAUGGGCAUGGCUGUGAGGGGGUGUGACAAUGAGGAGUCAUAGCUGUGACUAUUAUGAAGGGACCCUGCACUUCUGAGUUUGCCACUACACUACUUACUAUGUGGCAGUAGCCCAGAGGACCAGUGGCUUUUCUUAUAACCUCUCACUAACAUUAACAUAGGGACGCUGCUGGCGCUGUGGGUUAAACCACAGAGCCUAGGACUUGCCAAUCAGAAGGUUGGCGGUUCGAAUCCCUGCGACGGGGUGAGCUCCUGUUGUUCGGUCCCUUCUCCUGCCAACCUAGCAAUUUGAAAGCACCUCAAAGUGCAAGUAGAUAAAUAGGUACUGCUCCGGCAGGAAGGUAAAUGGCAUUUCCGUGCGCUGCUCUGGUUUGCUAGAAGCGGCUUAGUCAUGCUGGCCACAUGACCCAGAAGCUGUACGCCGGCUCCCUCAGCCAAUAAAGCGAGAUGAGCACUGCAACCCCCGAGUCGGUCACGACUGGACUUAAUGGUCAGGGGUCUCUUUUCCUUUACUUAACAUUAACAUGAAACUUCUCUUAGCCACACACUCAUUGCUCCAAUUCCUGCAUGCCUUGAAAGAACAUACAAGGGGGGUGGGGUGGGAUCCUGGGUCACACUGUGUAGGCCUUCUCUGCCCCCCUCCCAUCCAGAUGUGCCUCCCACCAGCUGCAAAUUCAUCGCCUGUAUAACUGGCUCAGGAUCACCCCUCACAUGGAGGAUAUCUGUACACUGUUGCAAAGGCAUUUUGGGUUUUUGCGGAGCCUUUCAGUGCACAAAUCCCUUUUGCAGUUCUUGGUUUCUGAUCCUGCCUUGCUGAGGGCCAAAGGGAUGCAGGGGGACCCAUUUCAGAAUGAAACUCUGUGGCUGGAGUGGUUGACUCACGCCAACGAAAAGUUUACUGUUCAGAGACUCCCCAACCCCCACAUAGCUUGCAUUCACUGGGAAUCUGGCGCGAGUGUUGACAGGCAACAUAAUUGUGCAGAUGUUACACCGGGCUUCCAUUAGCAGGCCAGCAUACACAACUGUGCGUCCCUUUUUUAUUUUCCUGUUUUGGAAUUGCAGCUGUGGGAAGAUAUAUCAACAGAGCAUUAACACACAUUUGUGACACUUGCUCCUCUGUCCUGAAGCUUCAGCCCCUUCUACCCCCUGACCCCAAGCGGACUGCAGUUGCUUUUUCUUGUCAAGGGGUAGGAUGAGAGGUGGGGCGGGGGGGAGAGUCAGCUCACGGCUGAGGAUUUGACGUGAGGGUAUGGGUUCACUUUUGGAGGUGGGGGCCCGGGGAGAGACUCGUGCCCAUAUUGCAUCUCUAGAUGCUGAAAAUUUGCCAGUAUGCUUAGAAAUUUCACGGCCUCUGUCGCGUGAUGCGGAGUCUAAUCCAGCUGUCCAUUUGGAAGAAUAUGCAGAUCCAAAGAUAUUGUGCAGAAAAAAUUCCAGAUUCAAUCCCUGGCUCUUCCAAUCAGAAGUCUCAUGGGAUGGGGUAGAAUUUUAUUUGUCUUAGAUCCUAAAGUGCUGCUGGUGGUCAGACCAGGUGUAGGGACAAUAUUCCGGGGGCCCCGUACUUUGGUGGGUGGAGCCAGAGGCAAAGUGGGUGGAGCAAACUACAGCAUCACCUUGAUACUGCAGGCUAUACAGUGGUACCUCGGGUUACAUACGCUUCAGGUUAAACACUCCACUAAGCCAGAAAUAGUGCUUCAGGUUAAGAACUUUGCUUCAGGAUAAGAACAGAAAUUGGGCUCCAGCGGCAGCAGCAGCAGGCCCCAUUAGCUAAAGUGGUGCUUCAGGUUAAGAACAGUUUCAGGUUAAGUACGGACAUCCGGAACGAAUUAAGUACUUAACCCGAGGUACCACUGUAUUUCUCAACAAGAACGUUUCAUCCAGGAAAGCAAGAGGCAUAAUAAUAAUAAUAAUAAUAAUAAUAAUUUAUUAUUUAUACCCCGCCCAUCUGGCUGAGUUUCCCCAGCCACUCUGGGCGGUUCCCAAUCAAAUGUUAAAAACAAUACAGCAUUAAAUAUUAAAAACUUCCCUAAACAGAGCUGCCUUCAGAUGUCUUUUAAAGAUGGGAUAGCUGCUUAUUUCCUUCACAUCUGAAGGGGAGGGUGUUCCACAGGGUGGGCGCCACUACUGAGAAGGCCCUCUGUCUGGUUCCCUGUAACCUCACUUCUCGCAAUGAGGGAACCGUCAGAAGGCCCUCAGCACUGGAUCUCAGUGCCCGGGCUGAACGAUGGGGGUGGAGCUGCUCCUUCAGGUAUACAGGUAUCAUGGUUCAAGGAUGCUUUUCAGCCAAGCAGAAGCACUUUAUGGGGCCGCAUCAGGAGGACUGAUGUGAGCUGUGGCAUGGAAAAGGGACAUGGUUUGGGGUAAAGUCCUGUGGACCAGACUGACAGGCUUGGAAGGCCUCCUUCAACUCCUCUUCUUACUGUUCUGGGCAAUUUAGAUGGAUGCUACUGCUGUUAUUUCGUGGGGGAAGCGUGUCUGUUUUGGAAUGCAUCGAGUGACUUCUCUCUCUCUCCAAAUAAAAUGUGUGACUCCCUUCCCAAAACACACCUUUCCCCCGCCUUCAUUCUGUGGGUUUCUAGCCAAUGGCUUGUCAUGGAAAAAGAUGGCUGAACUAUUGGGACACUCUUAAAAUUACAGUAAGCUGCACGGGUUGUUCAGCAUGGGUGCUCUCAUGCUGUGAUUUGCCAGAACAGCUUUUUUUUCCCUGGCACUGCAGGGCUGUGUUUAUAAGGGUGACUCAGACUCAGCUGGCUGGGUACUUGGAAGGAGCACAAUGUCCAUCCAGCAAACUGUCCCUCUUGGUUGUCUGCUUGGGCUGCUGACCCUUUUUACCUUGGUAGCAGCUGCAGCAGCAGGAGAAAAAAAAACCCCAUCAGAUUUGCCUUUUACAGAGUUAGACCUAGCUCAGUAUUGUCUACAAGGGGGCAGAGGUGGGGAAGGGACAUAGCUCAGUGGAAGAACAUCUGCUUCGCAUGCAGAAGGUCCCAGGUUCAAUCCCCGGCAUUUCCAGAUAGGCAUAAGAAUGUCCUGUGUUAGAAACCCUGGAGAACUGCUGCCAGUCAGUGUGGACAAUACUGAGCUGGAUGGGCCAAUAUUCUUACUUGGUAUAAGGCAGCACCCCAUUCCAAUCAACUAUUCAGAACAAUGAGGACUAGAAUCUCACUCAGUUUUUAGAGGAAGAGCUGUGGUUCAGUAGUUGAGGUCCCAGAUUCAGUCCUCAGAACUUCCAGGCUGGACUGCCUGAAACCCUGGAGAGCCACCACCAGACAAUACUGAGCUUUUAGGGUGUUGCUGUUGUGCUUAUUGUCUUAGAUCCUAAAUUGCUCUUCCAUUAAUGCAUGUGGCCAAGGCGAUUUCUGCCCAACCCCCCACUCCAUCUGUACCCCCCCCAGCUCACAGAAACAGACGGAAGAGCACAUGGGACUACAGAAGGAAGGAGAAGGCAGCAACGUCCCAUUUAUAUGAACACUGAAAACUGCAUUAUACCAAGUCUGAAGAUUCUUCUAUCUAGCUCAGUGUUGUCUACACUGACUGGCAGCCGCUCUCCAGGGCUGGAGGCAGGGCAGCUUUCCCAGCCCUACCUGAAGAUGCUGGGGAUUCUGCUUGGGGGCGCCACAACCAUUUACUUUCAUUUUUCACAAAUGUGAACUCUUUUCCAACGAUAGAAAGAGAGUUAAGAUCCAAACCACUGAUUUUAAGUGCUGUUAGCCACCUUUUACAUUUUUACAGGUGUCUCUAGUAAAUAACAGAGGCCCACAAACUCCAGAAUUCUUUGGAAGAAUCCAGUCACCCAGUAGAGACCAGGCCAGUGGUCAAUGUGUCGCUCUCUGGAUAUUUUUGGACUCCAACUCCCAUCAACCCCAAUGAGCAUAGCAUGGCCAUGGUCAUAGAAACCCAGCCAGAUGGGCGGGAUAUAAAUAAUAAAAUGUUGUGUUGUGUUGUGUUGUGUUGUGUUGUGAUGUGAUGUUAUUAUUAUAAUGAUGGGAGUUGAAGUCCAACAACAUCUGGAAGGUCAUAGCUUCCCCAUCCCUGGCUGAAAACACAUUUUCUAGCUGGGCUAAAACUGAAUUUACACGUUACAGCAGGGAUGGGAAACCUUUGUCCCUCGAAAUGUUUUUGGACUUCCAACCCUCAACAGCCUUCGCCAGCAUGGCCAAUAGUCAGGAAUGAUUGGACCUGAAGUCCAGUUACAUCUGGAGGACUGCAGGUUAAUCACCCCUGGUCUACAGGAAAGUAGAUUGCUGGUUCUUUAGAAGGUGGCUGGUCGUCUGCAGUUGGGUGUGAUCAACUUUUUCAACCCUGAUCUACAGCACAAGAAAAUCUUUGUUCCUUUGAGCUGCCUGGUUUAGCCGUUGCCCGUGCUUCGAUGGAUUUCUCAGCAUUGAUUGAAAUGCGGGUUGGGCAUUGAUCUUAUUUUAAAAAGAAAAGAAAAAACAUACAAGCCAACCGUAAACCCAAAUUGCAGUCCUUGAGUAUAGUCCACACCUCUCUCUUUUCCUUUCUCAGGUGCAAGAUAUCAAAUUUCAGGCAUCCAGCGGGGAAGAAAAGGAGUCGUGGAUGAAAGCUCUCAAUGACGGCAUCAACCGGGGCAAAAACAGAAUACUGGACGAGGUAGCGUGAACGACAGGGAGCUGCUUUCUGCUCUGCUUCAUACGGGUCCAUCCAGCGCAGCAUUGUCUGUAGCAGGCGUAGGGAAACCUUUUCAUCCCUGAGGCCACAUUCCCUCAAUGGCAGCCUUCCAAGAGCCACACACCCGUGGUAGAUGGGGCCAGAGGCAAAACUGGGUGGAGCAGUGGAUGUGACUCUUACUUUUGCCCAGCAGGGUACAUCCCAGCCAUGCAGAAAUCUGCACAUGCACACCUCUCCUUCCUGGAAUGUCACCUACUAUCCGGAGGUAAAAGACCCUCCAGCCGCUUCACCAUUUGCUUCUGGCCCAAGCCCCUUCUGCCCCUGGCCCUGGCCCCACUGACAUGUGCCCCCCUGAGGGUUUCCCAUGAAUGAAUGCAGCUCUUAGGCUGCAAUAAGUCCCACACUUGCUCCUCCUAUAAGCAGUGAUAUCACAUGAGCAAGUGAAUUUCAGGUGGGUGGUUUUCCCCCCAGUAUUGCAUCUAGCUCUAGGCUUGGCGGUGUCGAGGGGAAAGGAUUUAUUUUGGCCGGAGAAGAAAAUCCGCUUGGGCUGGCCCUCCGUGGGCCUGUAUCAAGGGCAGUUUUGGCAGCGGAAUGUAAACUCUGAAUGAACUUGGAGUCUGGUUUUCCGUCUCCUCCCCUCCUCGCUCUCUCUCGCAAUUAAGCCCAAAGGGAGAUUUGUGUGUGUGUGUGUGUGCAGUGUGGAGCUGUAACCGUUGAGAAGGAAAAGGUUUCAUAAGAACUAACCCAUCCCUCUCCCACCAACAACAUUUCCCCCUUCAGCAGAACUGAAUUGGCUUUGAGCGUCGUGGUAUCGCCGCUCCUCAAACUGAGCACAACAGGGCCAGCUGGGAACAGCAGACUAAUUGCAGUUGCCUUGCAAAUCCAAGGCGGGGGGGGGGGGGAGGCUGAAUUCAAGGCAUUCAGGGCUCUCGUUACACAGGAAGAAGGAAUUGCAGAAGUGAUGUCAUGUUGGGUGAUGCUGGCAGCGUUUGCUGUAUCUAUGGAGUCGCUGCCAGAGGCGGCUGUGGAUGCCCUGAACUAGUGUAUUGUGAAGUCUGGACAUAUUGUUUUCCUCUGGUGGGUGGGUGUGCUAAUGAACUCCAUCUGCCCCUUGCUGACAGCAUCCAAAAGGAAGAGUCUCCUGGGUGAGCAGGCUUCCAAAGCAUCUAAGGCUGAAAACUUGGGUCUUUCUGGAAAAAGAACUAUGUACGAGAAGAGAAUCCAGAAGGGUGCUAGAAAAGACUUUAUGGGGCUCUUUUCUCCAUUGCUGAAAAAUCUCAGCGUGAUUCUAAGGUUAUUGGAAUCUGCUACAGCAGAAAAUCUUUACUUAUUGUAUCAAUAAGUCAAUACAUCAUUGCUCAUAACAAUCAAAUACUAAAAUCAUUUCAAAACUUAACACAUCAAGCUGACAAAUAUGUCAGUUUAUCAGUGCUUUAUAUGAACAUUGUAACAUUUAAGGUUAUCAUAAAAUGAACUGCCAAUCACAACAACAUAUUGAUUAAUGACGAAUAUACUAUACAUUCCAGUGCAAUUGCAUAUCAAGGAUAAUAUAACCACCAGCCCCUGCAUGGCAGUAUUAUAUGUACUAUAUAGUUAUUUGGAAGUCAGGGCUGCUUCACACAUAAUCAGUCGAUUUUCAAAAAGAGCUUGUAAUUUUUAAAUGUUUGAACAAUGGCAGUGUCUUUGUAUGUAAAUCAUGCAUCAACCGUCCCAGCCCAUGGACCCCAAAUACCUGCUUGUACUACUCUGGCAAAUGUUAUAAACUUGUGACAGCCAACUUUUUUAUCCUGGUGGUAGGUGGCUCUCUUUAGCAGGAGAAGAGAUGUUAACGGCAUUGUUGAGACCCUAAGUAGUUUGAGUGGAAAGGUCUAGUUUGAGGUUGAAAACUGACAUGUCCUCCUUCCUAGUAUAAGAUGAGAGAACAUAGAUAUUCUCUCAGUGUUGUCUACACCGAAUGACUCUUCAGGGUUUCAGAAUAAGAUUCCUAGGGUAGCUCAGUUGGUAGAGCACGAGGCUCUUAAUCUCAGAGUUGUGUGUUUGAGUCCGACGUUGGGCAAAAGAUUUCUGCAUUGCAGGGGGUUGGACUAGAUGACCCUUGUGGUUGCGUCCAACUCUACAGUUCUAUGAUUCUGUUAUUUUUCCCUGCCUUAUGUAGAAUUGCUAGGACCUCCUGUGUGCAAAGACUGUGUUCUACCACUGAGUUACAGUCCUAUGUUCCAGAGACCUUUCCUAUUGUAACGCGAGGGCUACUGCUCUCCAGAUCAGAAGUGGCUAACUCUCUACUUGGUGCAGGGAGGAUUGGAAAAACAAGGCCAUCUUUUAUAUAAAUUAUACCUCAUAGUUGUUUUUAAUGCAGUGAUUGAUUUCUGUGCUGUAUCAAUUAAUGUGUGAAACUUGGUAGUUUUAGCAGGGUUGGAAGGCUGGAUUCCUUUAGUCUUCAUCCAUUCAUGGGCAAAGAAGGUGAUGUUGUUUCCCUCCUGUUUUCUUCCCUGUUUAAAGGUGAAGGUUGAUCCAGACCUCUCUCUGGAACACGUGACACGAAACAGAGCAAAAAUGGCUCAGGGCCGUCGUCCACCAACCAGAUACCAUCUCAAAGAGGUAAUAAUCAAGGCUAGAAAAAAAACCCAACUCCACUUUUUAUGUUUGGUAGUCUGAAUUCUGUAUCUUAAAUGCACCACAAGAGCCAAUAUGUUCAGCCUUUGGAACCUAGGAAGCAGCUGUAUACUGAGUCAGACCAUUGGUUCAACCACCUCAGUACUGUCUGCACUAAUUGGCAGUGGCUCCUCAGGGUCUCAAGCAGGAGUCUCUCUCAUCCCCAACUGCAGUUGCUGGCGAUUGAACCUGGGACCAUCUGCAUUCACAGCUAUGCGCUAUGGCAGGCAUGGCCAAACUUGGCCCUCCAGCUGUUUUGGGACUACAACUCCCAUCAUCCCUAGCUAACAGGACCAGUGGUCAGGGAUGAUAGGAACUGUAGUCUCUAAACAGCUGGAGGGCAAGUUUGGCCAUGCUUGCGCUAUGGCUUUUCCCCUGUAAACAAUUUCCUGGCACAUAGCCACAUUAGUUUCUUGCAGUGAAAACAAUCAGAAUAUAUUGUGUCACCUUAAAGAUGAACAGAGUCAUUACAGCAAAUAUUAAAUUUGUUAGCUGAGAGUCUUUGUCUUUGCAUGUAUAUGUGUGAAAUAUAUAGUGCUAUUUUUCUAGAAAAAGAGGUGCCGGAACUCACUAUGAACACCUCCCUUGUUCUCUUAGAAUGGCAGUUGUGCACAACUGACGUGCCGGAACUCAAUUCCGGCUGAAAAAGAGUUCUGGAAGUAUAUAUUCUGUUAUAUUAUAUGGUAUAUGAUUAAUUUUGGACAAGGGAAUUAUAUAUAGCACAUUUUCCUGUCCCUUCACCUCCAGAUCUGUAGUAAGUCUUGCAUAUAAGCUAUUUAUGCUGCAAGCUAUGGGGUCAAGCCUUGGACUCUCAUGCCGCCCCUCUCCUGUGCACACAACCUUACAAUUUGGUGCUUAUAUUUAGUCCAAAUGUUUCUAGGUUGCUGCUUGGCAGAAGCCUCUGAAACUGCUAGCCAACAAGCCAAAUCCAAAUGAUAGUAAAACGAUCAUAAAUCAAGGUUAAACAUGUACACGAUUUAAAAAUCGAUAAUAACCAGUAGAGUGAAAGUGAAUUGCCAGAGCAUCACAGUCACUCCAAACUGAAAGCCCAAAGGAAUAAGACAGUCACCACGGACACCCUCACUGAUGGUGAGAGGAUGCACAAGAAGGACUUCAAUGAUGACCUCAAUAGGCAGGAAAGGUGCAUAUUGGAGGGGUGGCCCUCCUGGGCAAGAGAAGGCUCUACUCAUGCAAACCACCCACAGCCUUAAGCCAACAUGGUUUCUUCCAGACGUUUUGGACAGCACAACCAUGCUGCCUGCGGAUUAUGGACGUUGCGGUCCAAAACAUCUGUCGAGCACCAGGUUAGUGAAGGCUGAUGUAAGGGACCCAUGUGACAUACUUCCCAGACAACAGUUCUAUGUUGGAAGGAAUACAAUAAAACCAAGGUUACUGUUGUCCGACAGCAGUGCUGGAAGGACCUCUGUAGUACUUGGUUCAUGUUUGAGGUUCUGCAUAAGGAGGGAAGAUGAGAUCAGGUCUCACUCUUGUGUCUGCCUGUAUGCUGUGUGAACCUGCCACAUUAAGGAAACCUUAACUAAAAUAAAAAAUAAAUGCAUGGUGGUCAGUAAGGGAAAAACAGUGGUGUAUACCCAGGGCCUGUGUCAGAUGCCUGAUUUUAGCUCUGUAGUACAGUGGUACCUCCGGUUGCGGACAGGAUCCGUUCUGGAGCUCUGGCUGGAUCCCAAGGUUUCCGCAACCGGGGCUGCUUCUGCGCAUGCACGUGGUACGAUAUAGUGCUUCUGCGCAUGCCGCUUUCGCAACCUGAAGUUUACGUUACCCUCAGGUAACGUAAGCCGAGGUAGGACUGUGAUUGCCUUUUUGGUUUCAGGAGUUCCUAAACUGUUCUUUGAAAACCAGGUGGCUCAAAGGACUGGUUAUCAUUGUAAAUCUUCUUUUAACGUCCUCUUUUGAUGAAAAGUCUCCUAGAGCAGCUUACAUAUAGCAGUAAAAGUCCCUGCCUAUAGGCUUGCAAUCUAGAAGACAUGACACAAAAGGAAAAAGGGAUCUGGAGGGGGAGAAACAAGCAAGGGUCACUUCUUUUUAAAAAAAACAUAGGUCUUGUAAUGACGAGGUGGAAUGAAAAUGGUUCAGGAAGAGGGGGAGCCAAAUGUAGCUGGUCUCCCAGCAGAGCUGAUGGGGUGGUUCUGCUUAUUUUCUUUCCCUUAGCUGUAGCCUGAUGGAAUGGCUGCUGCCAAAAGACAGUUGCGGGAGGGAAGAACCUGGUGGAGCUAUUGUCUCAGCGGAGUUGCUGGGGUGGCCCUGCUUACCAUCUCCCUUUCUGCUGCAGCCUGAUGCCCAACAUCUGUCUUGUUGUUUCCUUGCCUAGGUUGCCAGUGGGGUGUCAGAUGGGAUCCUGAGGCUUGACCUGGACGUACCAGACAGCGGUCCUCCAUCCGUCAUGGUGGACACAAGCGAGGCUGCUGACGUUCCUCCUCCAAAGGAGACUCCCAAACCACCCAUGCCACCUACGAAACCGCCUAUGCCUCCUUCGGAGAAGCCGAGCGCCGACUCCGUGCCCAAAGAUGUAGAAGCCAAGAAGCCCCCCGUGUCUCCUGCGAAGCCCCUUAAGGAAACCGCAGCACCCGGUUACAACGCAGACUCUGCGGAAGAAGAUGUUGCUGCUACAGGCGAUGACGCCGAAGAACCUGAAGCCACCCUAGACGGAGAGGACCUAACGGAGGCCCACAAAAACGCUCCCAAAGUUCCAGUUCCUCCCCCAAAGAUCUUAUCUGAUAAGAUGAAGGUAAAAUGGGACAGUCCAGCUUCUGAGCAGCUGGAGGACGAGGCCGUUGAUCUGUCUGUGCACGGAAGUAAAGAAAAUUUAUCCGAAGCAGCCAAGGAGACGCUGAAACCUCCAGCUCCUCCUCCUAAGGUUCUGUCAGAGAAGUUGAGAGCCAGCAUGAAAUUGAACAGGAACAGCUCAGAGGUGGAUUCUUCUGAAGGCGGACGCCCACCCGAUGUCCCGAAUGGUGAAAGCCCCGGUGUUGCUGGCGAUGAAACCUCUGAGACUGUUUUCCAAGAUGGAGAGGAGCAGGGAGAAGCUUUGUCAGAGCAAGAAGCAAAUAAGGAGAGUUUGGACUUGGCGACUAAAGAUCAGCUGCCCUCCUUGCAACCUGAAGGAAAUCCUCCAGUUCCCAAGCCUCGCUGUGCCUCCGUAGGGGACCUGCUGUUGGAACCAGCCAAGAAGCCCCUUCUGGGACCACUCCUCCAGCGGGGAGCUGCCUCCAAAGUGGCCCAGAUGGAGAGGAAAGUGGCCAGCGAGCAGGAAAGAACAGAGAAACUUCUGAAGGAGGUUUUGCGGGGGGGAUUUGAACAGGGCCAGGCGGGCAGCAACGGGCCUCCGAUCUAUGCUGAGACGUUGCUCAACGAGGCGGCAAAGCAGCUCCAGCAAGCCUCGCAGGUCUUGCAAGAGAUCAGAGAUUUAGGAGAACUGAAAAAGGAACCGGCUGAGCUUCGGAAAGGGGCGCAGAAGGAUCUAGUGACUCUGUAUAGGAGAAGUGCUCCCUGAAAGGAAGGCGCUUCUGCUUUUUGUGGCUUAGCUGAAAUGUUGCCAUAUCGCAGCACAACUUUCCACUAUUCCGCUAGGUCGGUGUUUUGAAAAUGGGGGGAUGUCAUCUUGCUGCGCACUGCUAAGAAGGAGGGGAAAACGUAAUUUUAAAGUAUUGCUCUGAUGAGCUCAAGCUGUGGGCUGGAACCCCCUGGUGGGUCAGGUGACAGCAGCAGGGGGGUUAAGAGGACAAGGGAAGGGCUUCUCUCUGCUCUUUUUCUUGUUCUCUUGGAGACCCUUUGCAGCAGUUCUGCAAACAGCAACUGAAAGCCUAGAUAAACUGGGGGUUAUUUACUUCCUUGCAAGAGAGUAGGGGGAAAACAGGGAUGGGACACCUCCUGAAACCCACCUUUAAUAGCCAUUUGUCCUGACCCACAAGAUUCUUGCAAGUGGAAGUGAUAACACAAACUCCAGCACACAAAAAUCUCUAUAAACCUACCAGCUAAAGCAGGUGGUUGGUCUGAGGCUGGGAAAAGUAAGUUGUUUUUAAGAGAGAUGGAGGCAGAGUAAGCUCUUAAAAGAAAUGGAGCAGGGGGAGUCUCCAAAGUUUGGGAACUGCCAGUUUAUGUUUUGGCUGUCCAGCUGGAUCCUGAGCAUCAAAUGGAAACAGGGUGUGAAGAGUCACUAACUACUUGCUGUGAGACUCCAGUCAGAGACUUAAGCAAGCACUUAGGGGACGUGGAUAGUAACCUUCUUGCAUUCCAGCAAUGGCAGAAUUCCUAUCCUUGCCAGGCUAGCCAUCCACUGCAAAUUGUAGAGGAUGGGGUGCAUGGCACUCCCCCACAGGAAGCCAACGCAUGCACAGCUCUCCUCAACUCUGUUUUGUUUUUUCAUGUGGAGAUGACCUUAUUGUGCGUUAGAUGCGCAGUGAAGGAGGAGAUGGCAUGCGCCUUCAUUCCCACCAUGAAAUGGUGCAGCAGCUUUGGCAACCAUAUGAACAAGGGGCUAAUGUUAGGGAAACGACCCUUGCAAGACCCAUGAGCAUAGGCACCCCCCAACCCCCCGUAUUACUAUUUCUACACACCUGCUCCCCCUCCCCAAUGAAAUGAAUGCUAUUCAUUUCCAGGACUCCUGAUAUCAGAAUAACUUACUUUCAGUUCUGCUUGGUUGCUUUUUUCUCACAUGAGCCCUUCUUGCGCUCUGGGGCCUGACGUGUGGGAACCUCAUGCUUAACUUUUUCCUCAGAUGCUUCUUUUAGCAUUCACAUGUCAUUAAAACAACAACAGCAAUUGUGCGGGCAUUAAAUUGGCACCACAUUAAUAAACGAGCGAAUGGUGAAUAAUCAUUUGCAGUGCAGGCUAAGUGGCAGGAAACAGCGGUACUUAGCAGCUAUGACCCUGGCUGGCUUUCCUGGAGGAGGCCCCUUACCCCCAGCCCCUCAAAUGGCCAGCUAGCAAAGCCUUGCUAUGGAUUUCAUUUUAUCUGUACACUGGCAAGCAAGCGGGGUGGCGUGGAGGCAGAGAAGGAUGCAUUAGUUUUCACGGGAGGAAGGGAGAUUUCCCGUUGGGGCUUCUUGUUGCUGACUUCUAGCACAGUGGCCCUGUGCUCUUGAUGAAUACACCAUGCAACUAUUCCUGCAGGGUAAACGAGGAAAGUGAGUGAGAUGAACAAUGACUUAACAAAGCCCAAAGGGACGGGCUUAGCUCAUUUUUGUUUUUUCUGCACCUUUGAGGGUUGGAACCCCCUCCUCGAAAGGAAGGAAGGAAGAAAAAGAGAGAAAGAAAAGUAGAAUUCUUCAUAUUCUAGCAAAGUGCCUCAAGAGCUACCUAGUGCCCACCAGUGUUCUGCGUCACCUACAAAAUUGGUGUAGAUCAGAGCGCUUUAAUACAAAGCAUAGUGUGAAUGCCUAUAACAGGCUUGAAAACAACAACCUGUCUGGUGAAUAAAAUUUGCCUCCAGGUGGCCAGCCACAAAUAACUAACAAAUAUAUGUGUGGGCAGGUAGGCAAGCUGCCUUGAAGGGUUUGUUGAUAAGGCUUGGCUUGGCUCUAAAUGAGGGUGCUGGAAGGGCAGCCACACUGCCCGUUGUGAGGCACAAUGGGUGCUGAAUGGUUCUCCAGGGUGGCAGGAGGCUUUUGUCCCUUGACGUCCGGUUCUUGCUCUGUGGUGCCCCACAUGACUUCAGAGCAUAUUUCUUUAAUCCUGACCUCGGCCCAAGUACCAGGGCCUGGCAACCCUCAAGCAAUUGCCAGGGCCUCUGCUGUCCCAGCAGUCUCCACUAGUACUGACACUUGCACAUGACCCACCUUCCCACUGUGGGUUGUCUAGCUCUUCUUUAAGCAUUUUACAUUCCCAUUUAAUGUCUCACAAUAUCCCAGAGUGAUGCUGUGCUGGAGGAAUUGUGGGAAAUGUCAAACGGUGGGCUGUAGCUGCCCACCCCAGCUGCCAUGGAGGGGCCUGCCAAUGUAAGGGGACUCUCAAAUUUGGAGCUGGCCCUGAAUAGUUGUACGUACACCACAAAAGUGGUUACCCAAUAGCUAACAACCUCAUUAUGUUUACUCAGGUUAGUUCCCUUGCCUUUCUUUGCUUUCCCAGCUUGGCCGUUGGGGAGCUGAGCUGCUUGGAUCAUGUGACUCAUCACAUAAUUAUGUAUCUAAGUUCUAGUUCUCCAAACUUGGAGCAAAACUGGAUUGAAGCUGGGCUCCUCUUUAGCAUAUAUGCAAUUGUUUUGCACUAGCAGCUUGCCUUUUAAAUAAAGCGUGAUAGAUAUUUGUGUUUAGGGCUACUUCCCCCCCCAUAACUGUUUUAGGUAUACCCCAUGAUGGCUUUUGCGUGUGCCUAAAAAAUGUAUGAUUGUGAAUGUAACACAUGUUUGCAAAAAGAGCUGGUUCACGCAUGCCUUUUCAUCUCCAGCAAAGCAUCGCGUGGAGAUCUGCACAUGUGAACAGGCUGCCAUCAACCUCAAAAAGAGAUCACACAUCACCUCUUAACACAAUGCUUUUUUAAAAAACACACCAAGUCAUGCCACACGUUCCACUGUCAGUCAUAAAGUGUAGAGAAAGUGAUGUUUGUACAUGUUGGAGCCAAAACCACACAGACACAUUUCUGAAGGCACCAGUAUUAAUUGUGCUGCUAUGUGCAAGGCUAUACCCCAUGUAAUGUGUGAACUGGCCCUUAUUUAUCCAGUUACGCACUGAAGGAAAUACCUGCUGGUAUCUCCUGCAUCAUCCAUUUAUGCCGUACAUAUUUAAUUUACACUGAAUAACUGUCUGAUAUAUUUUCUCAAAGUGCUUUCCAUAGGAACCUUAACAAGAAAGUCACCUCUGAACUGUCACAGCUGGUCCCCCCCCCCCCGCCAUAAAUUUAGAAGCUACAUAUUCUACAACCUAUAUACUAACAGUAACUUAAAACUUAUUUUCUAUGCUAUCUUGUAAAUAAGAGUAAAUUAAAGCCUCUUUUGGCAAUACCGGCUGGAUUGAAUCUCUUGUGGGAGAACUCGCUUUCCAAAAUGUUUCAUUCUGAAAAGUGUGGCAUCCUUGUAAGCCUAUGAGGUAGCUGGCACACAUAUUGAUAACUGGUGACUCAAGUCCUUAAAAUCCUGAGAAACCAAUUAAUAUAUAUAUAUACCAAGA